AUGGAGGCAUUCGAUGGACUUGUCAAGUUCUAUCCAGAGUAUGCCCUCCACCUCCGCAACGAAUCAUUCUUAACAGGCCAUCCAUUAGACAGGUUUCCAACAACGGAAAAUAUCUUGAAAGGCACCUUAAUAGACUCGAAUGAUGGAUCAGGAAUCUUACCAUAUCCCUCCAUUCUUAACCUAUACGGGAAUGGCUGCAGGAGCUAUCCCACCAAUGAAAUCAACUGUACCGCCGUCUGUGCAGAUGAAAGGGACCUGUUUGUAGACUGGCAGACUCAAUGGAACUGCCUAACUCUAUCAAAUAUGGCGAUAAAUAAGCCAUAUCCCCACAAUUACAAUAACUCGAAUAACGCUGGCGAUACCGCGAGGAUCCUGAAUCAACUGGGCGUCACCAACUUGACAGCUUUUGACAGCAUCGGUGUUCUCAAAAGGUAUAUUGCUUGUGCAAACGAAACCUGGUUUCCUUCUUGGGAUUCUUACCUUCCCGAAUGGGAAGCUCUCGUUGAAACAUCCCAGCAUUUGAACCUCCAUGAAUUGGGAGUGGCCUUCUCUCAUAUUUGUGACGAGGGGAUAUUUCAAAUUAGCUCUGAUAUUGCUGGACCAGGGAUCCUAUGCUCAUACAUGAUGUCCUUUGCUAUCGUCUUAUAUGCUUGGAUGUGUUUCCGUAUUCUGCAUAUCGCAAGUAGUAUCGAUUGGUUUGCGAGAUUGACUAGGUAUCAAGGCAAGAUUUACUCCUUCAUAACCUUCCAUCGCUCUCGUUUGGCAACGCGUAUCGACUACUCAACCUGUACUUUAAUAGCCGAGAUGCAGGAAGCCCAGUGCUUUUUCUCGUUUGCCGUUCAAGUCGGCCUCAUGACCAUUAAUAUCCAUGGCCCGGAUGGCCUCGGAUCAUCAUUAUGGCGCGAUUUUAUACUUAACCGUUCUCUUAUGAAAGCGCUUACGAAUAUUGCUACUUUCCCAAUUUUGUUGAACCAGAUUCUCCUCUAUAAAUUGCACCUGGACUCUUUCUACUCCUUGUCGUUAUGCACUGUGGUAAUGGCCAUGUCAUAUGCGACCUAUGCAGUCUCUUUCAUAAGGGGAAUCAGCCCGAGUACGAUGUACCUCACGAGCAUGACCAUAGAAUAUGGAGCUUGCGGUUCUGGUCCCGAUUUAAGAUCCCUUUGCUCUUUCGGUCAAAUAGAAGAUACAGGAUUGCACCACUCUAGAGCCCUUAUGGAUAUGUGCCUCGCGACUUUGAUCAUUAUUUGGGCCCGGAAAUUAUGGAGAGAAUUUGCAGGUACCCUAUGGCUGAGGAAU